GGAGGAGGGGGGUUGCUGUGAUCGGGAUCGCUGGUGCGAGUCAGUCCUAGUGAGUGAGUGAGUGAGCGACCGACCUGGUGCGAGUCAGUCAGUCAGUCAGUCAGUCAGUGCUACAGUGAGUGGAGUGGAGUGGAGUGGAGUUGAAUGAAAGGUGGAUGCGGACGGACCGGUCUUCACACGGAUAACAAGCCUCUGGUCUGUGAAGCGAAGGUCAAGCGAGGGGUCCUGGGCGAGCUGGCCGGAGCCAUGGCGGCGAUCAGGAAGAAGCUGGUGGUGGUGGGGGACGGCGCUUGCGGCAAGACCUGCCUGCUGAUCGUCUUCAGCAAGGACGAGUUCCCCGAGGUCUACGUGCCCACCGUCUUCGAGAACUACGUGGCCGACAUCGAGGUGGACGGCAAGCAGGUGGAGCUGGCCCUGUGGGACACGGCCGGCCAGGAGGACUACGACCGCCUGCGGCCCCUCUCCUACCCGGACACCGACGUCAUCCUGAUGUGCUUCUCGGUGGACAGCCCGGACUCGCUGGAGAACAUCCCGGAGAAGUGGGUGCCCGAGGUCAAGCACUUCUGCCCCAACGUGCCCAUCAUCCUGGUGGCCAACAAGAAGGACCUGCGGAACGACGAGAACGUCAGGAACGAGCUGGCCCGCAUGAAGCAGGAGCCGGUGCGGACCGAGGACGGCCGGGCCAUGGCCGUGCGCAUCGGUGCCUACGACUACCUGGAGUGCUCGGCCAAGACCAAGGAAGGGGUGCGGGAGGUGUUCGAGACCGCCACCCGAGCGGCCCUGCAGAAGAGAGCCCGGCCGAGCAGAGGCUGCACCAACUGCUGCUCCCUCUUGUGAUGUGUGCCGCUCAUCUUCUUCUUCUUCUUCUUCUUCUUAUUUAUUGCUACUCUCAAGAAACUGAGCUGUCUUACUCCCUCUCUCCCUUUUUUUUUAUUGUGUAGAAGAAGCGGACACUUUUUUUGGGGGUGGGGUGGGGUGGUGUUGUUGGCUGAAAACAUGAAACAAAUGGGGAUCACAAAGGGGUGGGGGGGGGGGGGAUUUUGUUUUAUUAGGCGAUCGAUCAUCGAGAGAUCUACCGAGUUUAAAGGAAGAUGAAGAUGAAGAUGAUUUUUUUUCACAUCGCAUCACAUUGACUGACUGCGGACAGGACUGGACGAUUGAACCCCUCCCUGAGAAGGGGUUUGUGCAUCGUAUUGUAAUGCGGCAAGACUGGGGGCGGGGGGGGGCUGGUCUAAAAGGGAGUGUUUAUAUUAUAUAUAUAUAUAUAUAUUUAAAAAGAAAAUGUUUUUCUUCCCUUAACUGCGAGAAGCGAUUAGGACUUUUUUUUUUGGUUUUUGUCUUCCCCCUAAGUUUGCUUCUAGCUGCACCUGAUUAACAUGGGAGGAAGCUGAAAUGGGAUGGUGCUGUGUGAAAGGGAGGGGGAAGAUUACUAAAAGGGGGCCGCCACUAAAGCUGGCUUCACACGGGAAGGUCGCACUGAAACUACUGCCAAGUAGCUCGGACACACACACUCGUGGACACCAACUCCACUGUUUAUUUCCUCCCCCCCCCUUUUUUUUUUACACCCCCUAAUACCCGCACGAGUGACUACUCAUCACCAAUCGUCCAAACGUGACUUUUUAAAGCAAAUAUUGCUCUGGCAACACAGACAGGAAAAAAGCAACUUUUUUUGGGUGGGGGGCACAAAAACUGUUUUUGGGGAGGUGAAUUGGAAAAUUAUUUUCAAAGAGUGCUGAUUUUUUUUUUGUUGUUUGUGUGAGGUGGGGGGUUGAAUCUGUACCGCUCUCUAAAAGAGGCUUAAAAGUGCAUUGAUAUUUUUGAUACGUCUCCCCAAGUGGUACUGAGGUUUGGGUCAUUGUCUCUUUGGGGGGAAAAAAAACCAACGAGGAUUUAAAAAAUGGCGAAGCUUGGAACUGAAACCAAGACUUUACGUUUUGUUUACAGGAUUAUAUACUGAAUUGUAAGCUGUGUAAAACUCAUUUUCACGAAAAAGCGGAUGAACUAGUACUGCACACGUUUUAAAUGCAGGAGCUUUUGACAUCUGUGCUGCAAGACAUGGGCUUGGAUAACAUGCAGCAAAAUUAUUUCGAACAUUGAAAAGCAGAGUAACCUUGAGGAAAUUGAUUCUGUUGAACUUAACGGUGACGAGCAGUUGGGUUGCAUGCUUCAAAAUGAUCAACGAAUUGACCCCGAAUGGCCUAUUCAGAGGGGCUUCAUCUGGGUGAUAACUGUUGACAUUCUGGUCCGGCCAUUUUCGGAAGAGGUAGCGAGAAUUGCUGAAAUUUUCCUGAUCUUUCUAGUGUGGAUAAGAAUUGGAGUGAGGACUGCAUUGAAUCAUUUGAGAUGUCGUUCAUGAUUGACCAGUCAGAAGGGGUGUUUGGUGCUGUUUUUAAUCAGUCACAUCCUUCCAUACAAAUGUAGAAGGUAGUUUUGAUUCCAAAAGUGGGUGAUUUUUUUUUCCAUACAGCGUUCUAGUGCUGUGACUUGAGUAGAAUGGCGCAAAUCUUAUUUUUUCUCUCGGUAGUUCGGGUGGCUGUUCUGCCAAAAGUUGUGACAGCUGAUUGGAACCCUUGCAAAAAUUCUCCCACACUGAGCAAAAUAACUACAUCUAUUCUAUACUUGUAUUCUAUGACUGUCCCAUUCAUGGUUUCUUGAACAAAAGACUGAGUGACAGGAGCGUUUUGAAUGUGGGAGUUAUGUUACCAUUCAAUAAGUUAGAAUAUUGCUCAGCCAGUUCUUUAUUUCCAGAUAGACUAUGCCACUAUUCUUUGAUUAUUUCAUUAAUAUCUAUGCCACAUGAAAAUUGAGACUUUCUGCUGUUUGAAUCUUUGUUCUCCAAAGGAGGAAAAUGGCAUUUAGAAAAUUGGGUUUGUUAGUUAAACUGUAUCAAAAAGGAGAUAUUUUAUUUAAAGAUACCUACUUAAAUGUUGCGCACAUCUUUAAUAAUUUUCUUGGCCUUUUUCUUAACUUUGAUCUCUGUCUCCAUAUAAACAGCAGCCCUGUUUUAGCUUAUUCUUUGUAACAGAACAUCAUCUUGGUAGAAUAAAGACCAUAAGACAUAGGAGCAGAAAUUAGGCCAUUUGGCCCAUCGAGUCUGCUCUGCCAUUCAGUCAUGGCUGAUAUUUUUCUCAAACUCAUUCUGAAAAACUGAAAACUUUAGGAAUACACAACAGGUCUGUUAGCCUCUUGCAAAGAAACAUUUUAGAGAAAAAUGUUUUAAUUGAGGUUUACUGGGAAAAUCAAAAAUGAAAGUUGGAUGCUAUACGUGAGUACUCCUUGCGUACAAAUUCAGCAUAUCCUUACAACCCUAUACUUAAGUAUAUAUACCUGUCUUGCUGUGUGUAAAAUUGACUGCUGUUUGUCCACGUAAGUCACUUGCUUCAAAGCAAUUAUCUGUGAGGUACCUUGAGUUGCUUAAGGCAAGGUACUAUUUUUCUAAAUGCAUGGUUUAUUUCUUAAUCCCUGCUUGAAGUAUAUUACAACACUUAUUUGAAGAUAUUUUCUUUAAUUAGGGUGAAUUGCUGUCAGAUUUGCCCCAUUUACCUUUAACUUAGGUGGAAGAAAUCCUAGAAAAAUUUGUAUGAAGUUAUUGUGGAUUAAAUUAAUUCAUUUAAAAAUCUCCAUCUGGCUGUAUGAUUGGAAUAAUAUGCUGAAUGAAAGUUGGAGAUUUCCUCCUCCUAAGAGACAAAAUUAAAAUGAAUCACCUCAAGCUCUUGUGCAUCCAGCAGUUGGGUUAAAAGAGCAGAUUGUCUACUUGCCUACAUGACUUCCAUUACAAUUGGUAUGUACCUCUUAAGGGGAACUUGAAUAAAAAUGGAACAAUUAAACUUUUUAAAUUUGG